AUGUUCCAUUCUAUAUUCAGCAGCAUGGCGUGUUCGAUGAGCCCUGUGGCACACCCUCAAGCCAUUGUUUCCGGUCCCAACUAUCGUUUUACCGUCCUCACCAAUCGUCUCGUCCGAUACGAAUGGGCCCCCGAUGGCCUGUUCGAAGACAGGGCUUCCACCUUUGCCAUCAACCGCUAUUUCCCUGUUCCUCGAUUCCGUCUCCUCGAUGGCGAUGAUGUCCAGAUUAUAACUGAGCACUUCCAUCUGAGCUACAAUAAGAAGCGGUUCACGCCGGGGGGGUUAGUCGUCCACUUGAACUCCGACCACACAGAAUGGGGCGCCCCGUGGCAGUACGGGAUCUCUGAAAACCUCAACCUGGGAGGCACAGCCCGAACCCUCGAUCUCUGCGAUGGACGAUGCAAUAUGGGGCAAGGGAUCAUGUCCAAAGCAGGGUAUGCAAACCUUGAGGACUCGUCUUCCAUGCUCUUCGAUGGAGAAUUUGUGGCAAGCAGAAAGCCCGGGGACCGCGUGGAUGGAUACCUUUUCUGCUACGGCCACGACUACAAAGCAGCUAUCAAGGCAUUCUACGCAGUAUCCGGCAAGCAGCCCAUACUUCCCCGUUUUGCACUGGGAAACUGGUGGAGUCGAUACUAUGCAUAUCGCCAGGAUGAGUAUAUUGCUCUCAUGGACAAGUUUUAUGACCAUGAGAUUCCCCUGUCGGUUGCAGUCGUCGACAUGGACUGGCACCUGGUGUCACAGGAAUGUGUGCCUCAUUCAGGUUGGACGGGCUAUAGCUGGAACAAAGAGCUCUUUCCAGAUCCCGAGCAGUUUCGGCGUGACCUGCACGCAAGAAACUUAAAGAUUACACUGAAUGACCACCCCCACAACGGAAUACACUCGCACGAGGACGCCUACGAGGAGAUCGCUGAGGUUUUCGGUCACUGCACUCAUCAUAAAGACCCAAUCCUCUUCGAUCCCGCCAACCCGUAUAUACAGGUCUAUUUACAGAUCCUGCAUCGCAAACUAGAGCGGAUCGCGUGUGACUUCUGGUGGAUCGACUGGCAACAAGGCCCACACUCCAAAGUUUGCGGUCUAGAUCCCCUCUGGGUUCUGAACCAUUUCCAGUACCUCGAUCACAGCCGGAAUCGAAACACCACGCCGCUGAUUUUCUCACGAUACGCCGGCCCCGGAAGCCAUCGAUACCCCGUGGGCUUUUCGGGGGACUCAGUGGUGACCUGGAACUCAUUAGCUUUCCAGCCAGAAUUCACGGCUACAGCCUCGAAUAUCGGGUACGGGUGGUGGAGCCACGAUAUUGGAGGCCAUAUCUUUGGUGGCCGUGACGACGAGCUGGUCGCCCGUUGGGUACAACUGGGAGUCUUUUCCCCCAUCUUUCGUCUUCACUCAGAGCUGUCUCGAUGGACGUCCAAGGAGCCAUGGCUGUAUCGUUCGGAAUGUAUGAAGGUCAUGUCAGAAUUCAUGAGACUGCGGCAUCGACUGGUGCCGUUCAUAUAUACACAGAAUGUUGUUGGUUCUUGGGAAGACGAGCCGCUGGUGCAACCUAUGUACUGGGCUUAUCCAGACAGUGACAAGGCUUAUUCAUUUCCCAAUCAAUACUUGUUCGGUUCGAAGCUCUUGGUCGCCCCCAUUGUCCAACCUCGGGACAAAAGGACAAACCUGGCGUCUGUCAAGGCAUGGCUACCCUCCGGCUCUCGCUAUGUGGACCUGCUUACCGGCGUUAUCUACGAUGGAAAUCGUGAGAUUAAUCUUUAUCGGGGGCUGCAGGAAUAUCCUGUUCUGGCUAGUGAGGGUACCAUUAUCCCCAUGGACGCGAGCUCAGUCCCCCGGAACGGCUGCUUGAACCCAGAGGCUCUUGAACUCCUUGUUGUGGUUGGACGCGACGCUGAAUCUAUUGUUUUAGAAAACGUUGGAGAUGAUGGCAAAGACGAGCAGGAAUUGGGCCAAAUGAGGAAGGCCACAGUCAAAUUCCAGCAAGCGGAAGGGAAAGUCACGGUUGAAUCAAUACAGCGACCGGUCACAUUCCGCUUUCUUUCGGUGACUUCAGUUCCAGCGAGUUUCAGGGUGUAUGCAGACGGAAUCGAUCGAACGCAUGAUUCCAGGGCCCGUGUGGAAAAACAUGCACAUGCCUCUAGCCUGGUUGUCGAAUGCUCAUUCAUGUCCAAGACCAGCCAUUCCAUAACAAUCGAACUUGGUUCGAGUCCUGAACUCAGCGUGAUCGAUCCUACCCACAGGCUCCAUGAUCAAAUUAUGGAUUAUCAAACCGACUUCAAAGUUAAGGAUUUACUAUGGCAAGUGGCUGCUCACCGGGAAAUGUCUGUCAAUGCUGCAAUCUCGACAUUGACGCCCCAAGGUUAUGACGAAGCUAUUACGGGGCCUACAGCAGAGCUACUCUUAGCGGACCGCCGGUUGUAUUCUUGA